AUGCCUUCAAUGCAUGAUGACGACGAGCUUCUUCUCGCUCGUAUUGGCUACAAGCAGGAACUACGCCGCGAAUUCUCAAAAUGGUCCACCAUCUCAUAUGCCAUCUCCAUCCUCGGCGUCUUGGGAUCCGUUCCCGCGACCUUUGGCGCGCCUCUAGCUGCAGGAGGUCCUGCGACCGCCGUCUGGUGCUGGUUCCUGGGCUCCUGCAUGGCCAUGUGCAUCGGCAGCUCCGUCGCAGAGCUGGUCUCGGCGUAUCCUACCGCGGGAGGAAUGUACUUUGUCACCAAACAUGUUGUCCCUGAGGAGCAAGUGCCCAUCUUCUCUUGGGUUCAAGGCUGGUGUAAUCUGCUCGGUCAGACCGCGGGAGUCUCUAGUGUGGCGUAUACAGUGAGCCAGAUGCUGCUUGCAUGUGCUAGCAUGAAUUCGGACCUCGUCGAUGGCAAGUACUCGUAUUCACCGACGGCAUUGGAGACUGUGGUCGUGUCCAUUGUGGUUCUGUGCGUCUUGGGAGUCAUUUGCUCCUUGACCACCAAGACUCUCCACCGGAUAAUUCUCUGGUUUGCUCCUAUCAACAUCUCCGCGACCAUCUGCAUCUGUCUCGCUCUUCUCUACUUUACCCCCGAAAAGCAACCAGCCAGCUGGGUCUUCACCCAUGUCACCGAUGGCUCAGGAUGGGGAUCAAAAGUAUUUUCAUUCUUUCUCGGUUUUCUGUCAGUUGCAUGGACUAUGACCGACUACGAUGGCACGACGCACAUGUCUGAAGAAACCCACGACGCUGCCUCUCAAGGACCUCUGGCCAUCCAAUCCGCAGUCCUGGUGUCUGGAACACUAGGCUGGAUCCUGACUGUUUCUCUGUGCUUCUGUCUCACUGAUCUCGACGACAUCCUGAACUCUCCUACCGGUCUUCCCGCUGCUCAGAUCUUCCUCAACGCCGGGGGAAGAACAGGAGGCACCAUCAUGUGGGCAUUUGCCGUUCUAGUCCAGUUCUUCACGGGCUGUUCAGCAAUGUUAGCAGAUACACGAAUGGCAUAUGCCUUUGCACGAGACGAUGCCUUACCUUUCUCCACGUAUUUUCCCCUGAACCUAUCCAUCCCCAUCAUCAAAGCUAACCCACCCAGCUUCCUCUCCAAAAUCAACAAAUACACCCACACCCCCAUCAACGCCGUCUGGUUCGUCGUCUUCUUCAGCAUCUGCCUCAACUGCGUCGCCAUCGGCUCUACCCAAACCGCCACCGCUAUCUUCAGCAUCACCGCCCCCGCCCUGGACCUUUCAUACGUCUCCGUCAUCAUCGCCCACCAACUCUACAAACACAGAGUCCAGUUCGUCCAGGGCCCAUUCACACUAGGCAGAUGGGGGACCCCCAUCAAUGCCAUCUCCGUCACCUGGGUUCUUUUCAUUAGUACUGUGCUUUUCUUCCCGCCUCAGGUGCCGGUUACACUGGCUAAUAUGAACUAUGCUAUUUGUGUUGGUGCGUUUAUUGCUGCUUUUGCGCUUGUGUGGUGGCGGGUGGCUGCUCGUGGGAAAUACACCGGUCCCAGGACAAAUGAUUAUACCCAGCAAGUCCCGACGGAAGACUUGGGCGAUUACGGAACUAUUGAUGAUGAUGUGGAUAGACCAUAG